AAAAAAACAAAUUCAGUAAUUUUUUUUUUAUAUCUUAAAAAAAAUUACACUGAAGCUAUUUGAUAGUAAUUAAUGAUGGACAAAGUUUUUUUUAGUAAUAAUUUGCAUACCAAAGCAGUUGAUUUAGUAAAAGGUGCAAAACUCAUGCUGGUGGAAUUUAUGAAGGGAAACUUAAAUUUAUAGUAGAAUAAAAGCAAAGAAAUUGUGAGGGAUAAUGAAUGAGCUAGAAGGGAGGAGAUGAAGUGAAGAAAGCCAGUUAAGGAGUACUGUAAUUGCAUGUUUAAAAAAAAAAACUGUAAGAUAUGGUGAAAGAAUGGGAAGAAAGUAUGAUCAAGAUGACAAGCAGAAAGAACCUAAUACAGUCCUUCAGCUUUUUCCCUUAAAACUGCAUUCUGGUAACAUUCACCAAAUCUUCCAGCUGAAAUGGAACAUGAUUUCCAAAGAACUGUCUGUUUAACAAUUUAAACAUAGAUGACACUGGAACUUCAUAUAUUAAAAUUACAUUUUUAUUUUAUCCAUUUUUUAUUGUUGAAGUUCAGCACAUCAAGAUUCUUGAAGUUUCUACAAGACAGAACUACAUCUCAAAAAGAAGUCUAUUCUAUUUAUCCAUUUACAAGUGCACAAUCCAUUUUUAUACCAAAGAUAAUCUAGUCUUAAUAUUUUAUCAAAUCAAAUGAAGUGAACAAGACUAAAAUUUAAACCUUAUUUUCAACUUUAUAUUUCAAAUGUUGGCAUUUUCACUUUGUUAAAAAGUUUUUUUUUUCUUUUUUUUUUUUUUUCUAAUUAUCAAAAAAAUCAAGAUUCUUUCAUUGUCAUGAAUUCAAUGCUUGUGUCUAACCAGAUGCAUAAUUCUUCGUCAGUUCAUAAUAUGGAACGAAUGUACAAUUGCAGUAUCUGUAUGAAGACGUUUUCAAGGUACGACAACUUAGAACGACACAAGCUGACUCACCAAAUGGAAAAACCCUUCAACUGUGACAUAUGUGGUAAAGCCUUUAGCCAGAAAUAUCACUUGAAGCAGCACCAAGUUACUCACACUGGGGAGAAGCCUUUUAAGUGCAACAUCUGCGACCACAGCUUCUCACGCAACGGCAACCUGUCUAGACAUAUGGCAAUCCAUACCAAAACUCUGUCCCCGAACAAUACAGCAAGACCGCCUCUCCAUUCCUCUUCUUACGAUGACAAUCCAUACAAUUGUGAUGUCUGUGGCAGGGCUUCACAGAAUCAGAAACAAAACAUGGGGCACACAGUGAUUAAUUCGGUAGACAAACCAUUUAAAUGUGAUAUCUGUGGUUGCACUUUCUCUCGUAGUGGUGACCUGACGAGACACAUGAAGACGCACGAGAAAGCUCUCCAGCCAUACCAUAACAACGGAGGCACAAGUUCGCCCCCGUAUCAAAGUGAGAACCCAUUUAAUUGUAAAGCUUGCUGGAAGGCUUUUUCUCAGAGGGCUGGCGUAAAUGUUCAUGAGAAAAUUCACAAAGCACUUAAACCAUUCCAAUGCGACGAGUGCGGUAAAGCAUUCUCUCAACGUACACAUUUACAAGUUCACAAAAGUCGUAUACAUACAGGUAACAAACAGUUCAAACCAAGCGGGGACACAACUCCUACAAGAUCAAAAUCUCACGAGAAUCCAUUGAACUGUGACAUCUGCUGGAAGGCCUUCUCUCAAAGAUCUCUCGUGAGCCUGCACAAACGUAUCCAUUCUGUUGUUUUACCGUUCGAGUGUAACAUAUGCGGGAAAGUUUUCACGGAAAAGGGAAACUGGAAGAGACAUCAACGCAGUCAUUUGGGAGAGAAAUUAUUCAGUUGUGAUGUGUGUUCAAAGACGUUUUUACAACGGUCCCACUUAAAAGAACAUCAGAAAACUCAUUCUGGUGAACGUCCUUUCAAAUGCUCAACCUGUGGGUAUGCAUUUUCUCGCAAAGAUCACCUCGAGCGCCAUCAACGAACUAAUAAAUGUUCCAAAAAAGUGAACUGCACUCUUCAGCAAACAUCAUCGUCGUCAUCCUCAUCAGGCAACACUGGGGAAAAUCCUAACAACAACAGCAACAACAAUCACCAGUUAAAUAUUACACACCACCCAACCACGACUGCUCCUACUGUGCCACCCCAGCAUUCAAAUGUACCACGACACCAUACCACAGAGAUCCCCCAGCACACAAACUUACCCAACGCCCCAAUGUAUCCGGCCACCACUCAAAUGUACCCUACUACCAUACAAUUGUAUCCAAGUACACCUGUGUUUCCAACCAUACAAAUGUAUCCAAAUGCAUCCCAAAUAUUUGCAGCAAACAACCAAAUAUUUCCAAACAAUUAGGAAUCAAUCAGCUUACUAAAAGAUUGUUUUUUUUUUGUUUUUUCUUUUUUUUUUUUUUGUCAAUUCCUCUUUAGCUUUUCAUUGCGAAAGCAAAAAGAAAAAAACAUUUUUCUAUGAAUUAUUUUUAUAUCAAACAAACAAUUAAUUAACACACCUCCCCACACCCCUACUUUUUUUCUUUUUUUUUUCUGUGAAUUCGGCAUGAUUCCUAUUAUCAAUCAUAUCCAGACUAUUUCUAUUUUUCUGAUUCUAUUUGGAGUUUUUCCUUCAGCUCUGAGACAAUGCCAUUUUGCUUGGAUUUUUAAGUAACUGACUCAAAAAACCAAUGACAAAAUUAAAAAGGGGAAUGAGGCAGGACACCUGGCAUAUUGCUACCUGUAUCCAGCUGUCACCAAUAACAGUUCAAUUUCUUUUGCUAUUUGUGAAUUUCUAUGAUGUUAUCACCUGUUAUAUAGUCACCAUUUAUAAUUAUUAUUAUUAUUAUUACUACUACUAUUAUUAUGAUUAUUAUUAUUAUUAUUACUAUAAUGUUUAAUCAAGCCAAAUAUGAAAGUUUUUUUUUUU